UCAGCACAUGGAAGGAGGCUGCUGAACAGAAGGCACUUGAGAGGUGCAACCUGGCCCAUUUCAGAGCAGUAUCACUGAGGAAGCACUUCCAGCUGUGGGUUGAGAUGCUGCAGGUCAAAGAAGGUGAUAAGCAGGCAGUGGUGAACCUCUUCCUCCUGCAAUGGAGGCAGCAUCACGGAGCAGUUAUAAGCUCAGAAGCUGACAAGAGAGUGACAAAGAGGCCUGAAGUUCAGCCAUGGUGGACUGUGGAGAGACAGUUUCUGGAGAGAACAGACUGCUCUUUUGAUGACAUCUGCCAAAAGCUGAAGCUGCAGAGAGCGUAUCUGCUGUGGAAAGCAAGGCUGUGCGAGCAUCACAAAGCUGAUUAUUUCUCUCAGACUUCGGAGCAGUGUAAACUCAGAAAAGCUCUGAAACUGUGGCACCAAAAGUACCUCAUGCUGAAGACAGCUGAACAAAGUUCUAAGAACUCACACAGAGCUGUUAAUGAGGAGCCUCAUGCCACGCUGUUUUCUGAGGACCUCUCAACAUCAUCUGGCUUUGACAGCAGUGCUGCAGCUACUCUGAACUCUCAAAGCUCAUUGGAAAAGGAAUGCAGCCUCAGUGACAGCAGCCAGCACGGCUUCUCCCUUCUCAUCUCUGAGGACGUCGCACACCUGCCGUGUCACGGUUCUUUCCUGCAACUCCACCAGUGCACAGAGCUGGGCAGGGAGCUGUGCUUGCAGACCUCCUUUCCUCCACAGAGCACUGCAGCUGGAAGAAAUUGGUUUAUUGGAGAUCAGUUCCAGACUCUGGUGCUACAGAGUCCAGAUGAUAAUAACCAGCUUAUCACCAGUUACUCUGCAUGGGAAGAGGACUACAAUUCUGACAAGGAGGUGAAGAGCUGCUGGCAGCAGGCAGAGAAAUGCUGCCUGCAGAGGUACUUCAUUAUUUGGUCAGCUCGGACUCAACAACUUGUAAAGGUCCAGCAGUACUUCAGGAACAUUCAGCUGUCUCGAGCCUUUCUCAGCUGGCACCACUGGGUCGUGGAAAAUAAGAACAGAAAAGCAGCAGCAGCCCUAAAACAUGGAGAUCAUUGCUGCCAGAUGGCUUUCAGCCUGUGGAAAAAGAGACUGGCCCAGAAAGUGGAAGUUGACCGGAGAUUCAUGUGUCACGUGCACCAGAUCACUGCUGAUGCUCUGAAGCACUGGCAUUCCUGCUGGCAAAGGAAUCGUGCUCUGAGGGAGCUGCAGCAGCAGUGGGCUCAGCACAACUGCCAGGAGAAGAAGAAGCUGGUCCUGCAGACAUGGUAUUACCAAACAAUGAAGCAGAAACGUGCUGCCUCAUUCUGGGAACGUCUUCUCCUGCACAGGUGCCUCACCACCUGGGCCCAGGUCACUGCGUGCAGUCUGAGGCAGCAGGAAGCCCUCUCUGAGUUUAAAAGGGUCAGAGAGCACCAUCUCUUACUUGUGAGCUUUACUGAGUGGAGGAACAAACUCCUGAGAGCUAAACAGAGAGAGAGAAACCACGAGUGGCAGGCCCCCUCUCCAGGUAAAGCCUGUCACCGCUGGCGAGUGGCUGCACGGGGACAGCAAGCCCUGCGCCUGGGAUCUGCAGCCACUGUCGAACAGGCCUGCAACUACUGGACCAGAGCAGCUGCCUUUUCCCAGUGCUUACGACAGCGCAGUACCCUCAUAGGGGCUAGGAAAAGGAGGAAGAUGGCUCUGUCCUGGUCCCUGAAAAGCAGAAGAAGCAGAGAAGAGGGUUCAGCACCAGCUGGACUUUUUCCCAGUGCCAUUCAGCACUGGCUGGUGAUCUACAGAAACCAAAACAGGGCCGAAAGGCUGCGGCUCCCUCACCUGGUGGAGAGACCUGAUGUGGUAGGACCUUCUCCUGCACAUGCAGGGACCAAGGAGAACAAAGCAGAGGUGGACUUGGAGGAGUGGGAUGAGGAGCGUCUCGGGAGGAAAUACCUGAGGUGGUGGCAUCGCACGGUGGUCCUUUGCCGGCAGCAGAGGGAAAGGAGACUGCUCUGUCUGGCAAGGGGGUGGCACCAGUGGAAGGAAGCCAGCAAGGUGGUGAUACUGGCCCAGGUGUUGGACCGGCAGCGCCUCAUAGAAAAGGCCUGGAGGGUGUGGAGGCGAAGAUAUUUGCAAAGCUAUGUGGUGCAGAAUUUUCUGGAGGAGGAAGCCAGGAGCCUCCUGUCCCAGGCCUUUGAAAGGUGGCAGCAGCUCACAGCAUUCCAGCUCAAGGACAAAGGACCGUGCUGAAUAGAAGGGGACUGCCUGCAGCUGCUGCUCAUUUCAGGACACGUGGAGGAUGUGGCUCCUGUCACAACAAAGAGUUGGUCCUGUGGGGUCGAGAAAGAGAACACUGCCCUUGUGAUAAAAGCAGUGCUGCAGGCCAGAAGGGUGGCAGCCAAAGGACAAGCAGGAAGACAUGGUACCUAGUCAAAGGUCCUCUUUAAAUGACUUGUACCCCACCUCCUUAGCAGCACAAAUGGAGAAGUUACCCCCCCCCGUUGUUGUGAGGUCGCAUUCCCUGCUCCUCUAGACCCUGCUUUCACUGGAGUUCUGA